ACCUACUUUCCACCGUAGAAGCAACCUUACGGAUAGCUAUAUAGCUGAAAAUGGAAAUCAAAUAUUUCGAGCUGAAAAUGGGAAUCAAGAAUCUUGAGCCACAUGCAUCAUCCAGAAGCCACAGGGGAAAAGUAAUUAUGGACAUGAAGAAGGCUCUGACCCAAAGCAUCAUUUCAGCUUUUCCACGUCAAAUCAAUCUUCGAUGUCAAUUGAAGAAGCCAAGAUGUGGUCCGGUCUUAACUCGUUUCGUUUAUCUGUUUUCUUUCUUUUACUCUUCUUUGUUGAACUUUGCUGUUUUCUCCUCUCACGCUUCCAUCCUCCUGGUACUGUUUGCUACUCAGCUGAUCAUCUUCUCUGGCUUAUCUUGCUUUUCUGGUAAUGUAUAAUUCUGAACAUAAAUUUUUCUCUUUUGGGAAAAGCCUCCUCUGCUUUCUUGUCCUGUAUUGCAUGUCUUUCGUUUUUCCAAAUUCAGAUUCUGAUCCUGCUGUUCUGGCUUUCCUGGUAAGUUUCUUCGUCCAUUUUUUUGCUUACUUUUUUCUUCAUUCUGUAUCCUUUAUGCUCAGAAGUGCAGUUUUGUUUUAUCCAUUGCUUUUAUUAGAAAAAAUACCUUAGGUUUGUUUCUGUCAUGCUGCUUUCUCUGGUAAGAAAAUUUUCCUCCUACCACUUCUUCAUAUUACUGUUUCCAUCCAUUAUAUUUCUUCAUAGAUAUUGACCGAAUUUUGGGAUUAUCUGCAGGCAUUGCUAUAAACUGCUGUUAGUUCUUACUUACAAAAAACAGUCUCCAAAUUGUUGGAAAUACGGAAGUUCAACUGAGGAUCAACAGAAGAACUACACAGAGAUGGGUAUUAUGGAGAAGAUAUCUAAGGUAAUGGAGCUCAAUGAAGAAAAGAAGACCAGGGUCCAAGCUUUGAUGUACUUGGCUCUUGGUGAAUGGGAGGAAUUUGAUAGCCAUUCAACACCCUUGCGGAACAGUUUUGAUGAAGGAUUUAAUGAGCUUGGGUCAAGAGAGAAGAAACUGAAUUUGCUUCAAGAAUCAGUCAACCAGAGUACUACAAAACUUGACACAAGGAGAUUAUGGGUAGAGCAGAAGAUUAAGGAGUUGGAUGAAAAGGAAAAUUUGAUGAAAGGGCUUUUGCAGAGGAUAGAAGAGGAGCAAAUGCAGCUUGGGAAUCUGAGGGGUUUUGUUGAUGAAAAGCUGAAGGAUGUUGCUUUACAAGAGAAGCUUUUUGACGGUCUUUCAGAAAAGCUGCAGUUGAUUCGAGCUGAAAUUGAGAGAAGAGAAAAUGUGCUUGAUUUAGAAGUAAAGAAGUCGGAGAUAAGGGAGAGUGAGCUUGAUUCAAGAGAGAGAAAGUUGGAGAUAGAGGGGAAUGAGCUUAAUUCAAAAGGGAAGAAGCUGGAGAUGAGGGAGAAUGAGCUUGAUUCAAGAGAGAAGAAGCUGGAGAUAAGGGAGAAUGAGAUUGAUUUGAGAGAGAAAAAUGUUUAUAGAAGGCAACAUGAACUUGAUGUGAAAAAGAAAAGUUUGAAGACAAGGGAAAAUGAGCUUGAUGCUAUUGAGCAACAUUCAGACAGAAAGCAAUUAGAGCUUGAUUCAAAAGGGAAAAUUUUACAGAGAAAGGACAAUGAACUUGAUAUAAAGCAUGAAAAUUUGGAGAGUAGGGAAAAGGAUAUUGAAUCUAAAGAGAGAGAGUUGGAGGGAAAGGAAAAUGAGCUCAAUGCAAAAGAGAAAAAAUUUAGGAAAAUUAUUUUGGAUUUGGAACUGAAAUUUGUUUCCAUCCUAGAAUCCACAGAACAAUGUGACAAAGAACCAAACGCAGACACUUCAACUCAGACUGCAGAGCAAACACAGAAGAGCAGGAAGAGAUUGAGGAAUUUGGCAUUGGCUUCUGACAGAAUUCUUGAUGCUGCUGAAGAAACCGGCAACAAUCUGUCUAGAAGAAGCUGCAUACAUGACAAAGAGGCAGAACAAGUCACUACUCAUGAUCUUGGUGAAUCAGGCGCAGUCAAUAUACACAAGAAUGACUAUAAAGCACAGGCUUGCAGCACUCAACAAACCUUAGUUCUUGAUGUUUCUCAAUCAGAAUCUAAUUCAAGGGAUAACUUACAGACACCUCCCUUUAUUAAUCCAGGGGCAUUGGCUAAUAAUACAGGCAAGGAGAAACUAGAAUGUCUCUUUAAUGUAGGAGAGACAUGGGCCUGUUUCAAUGCCAAAGAUCACAUGCCAAGAUCAUAUGUCCAAAUCAUAAAGGUCAUUAAAAAGGGUGGAAAUUGUAGGCUUGGUGUUGUGUGGCUCAAGCCUUUGCCUGGGCUUCCAGGUGAGAAUGAGUGGAUAAAGGCUGGCUUACCAGUUGGCUGUGGCAUGUUUAAUCGUGAGAGAACAAGUGUGGAAUCUCCUAGUGUGUUCUCUCAUCGAGUUUUCUGUGUCGGAAAAGAAGGUUAUCCUUACUGCAUACUUCCUAAUGAAGGAGAGAUUUGGGCAAUUUAUAAGGACUGGGAUAUCAUCAAAUGGGGCUGUCAUCCAGAAAAUCAUAAACAGUGCAAGUAUGAACUUGUGGAAAUUCUUUCGUAUCUAACAGAUCCUUCUUCAUCUGUUGGCUUUAGAGUUGCUUGCUUGGACAAAAUAGGACAUGUAAAUUCAUUUUGGAGGAGAAGUCAGCAUGAGAACAAUUCAUUUCUAAUAAUGCCUAAUGACUUCUAUAGGUUUUCUCACAAAUUAACCUCUAGGCAGAUGAACUGCAAUGUGACUGAUGGUGUCCAGGAUGGUGUAUUUGAAAUUGAACAUAAAUUCCUGCCUCCAGGCCUUUGAUGAGUUUUGGGGCAUGCAUUCAGGUGGAAAACUAGUUGUUCAGUCAUAUUUUGAGUUGUUUGUCUAGCAGUUAACUUUUGCAAUUUACGGUUGCUUCAAUGUGGGUUCAUUUGUUAUGUUUUCUUUUUAUUACUGAAACAUGUAGCUUAGUGAAGAAACCUUUUAACUGAAUCUGAGUUUCAAGCAACCAAAUAUGGUUAGUACUUGAUUACCUCCAAAACUUUCCUCUGUUUCUCCAGAGUUCCUUUCUUUACAAUAGAACUAAUAGAAUUGUUGUUUG